AUACGAUAUCUCAGAUAAUCUACAUUACACGGAAAAAUUAAGAAAAUCAAUAAAUAUGGAUAAAUUUGUCGCAAAACGUGCGAAACUUUCAAAUUUUGUUAACAAAUUGGAGGAAGACAGAAAAAACCAUUCGGAAUCUGUAAUGACGUUUAAAUUUAACAAAAAAAGAAUUAGGGUCCUGACUGCCACGGACAAAGUCAAGGACAACUGUAAAGGCAUUGUUUAUUGGAUGUUUCGAGAUUCCAGAGUGCAAGAUAAUUGGGCUUUUUUGUUUGCUCAAAAAAUAGCUAUGAAAAAUCGCCUGCCUCUUCACAUCUGUUUUUGCGUUCUACCAAAAUUUUUAGGUGCAACUAUUCGACAUUAUAAGUUUCAUUUGGCAGCCUUGGAACAGGUUGAAUUAGAAUGCAAGAAUUUAAACGUGAAUUUUCAUCUCCUGCACGGAGAACCGAAUGAUGUCAUAUUAAAAUUUGUGGGAAAAUAUGAUAUGGGCGCAGUCAUCACAGAUUUCUUCCCGUUACGAUUGCCGCUCUCUUGGGUUGAUGAUUUGAAGAAGAAGUUACCAGAAAACAUUCCCCUUUGUCAAGUUGAUGCACAUAACAUUGUACCUUGUUGGGAAGCAUCAGAUAAACUGGAAUAUUCAGCACGAACGAUUCGCAAUAAAAUAAAUUCCAAACUGGAUGCAUAUUUGACAGAAUUUCCACCAGUAAUCAAACAUCCAUAUACUACUAAGCAAAAGUUCACUCAAAAUGAUUGGGAAAAUGCUUUGAAAGAUGUUGAAAUCGAUAAAUCAGUGAAGGAAAUAACAUGGGCGAAGCCAGGGUAUGAAGAAGGAAUCUUGGAGCUUGAAAGGUUCAUAGAAAAACGUCUGAAGCUGUAUGAUUCCAAGCGAAAUGAUCCUACGGUCAACGCUCUGAGCAAUUUAUCACCUUGGUUUCAUUUUGGCAUGAUAUCUGUACAACGGUGUAUCAUAGAAGUUUCAAAAUAUAAAAACAGUCACAAAAAAUCUGUUGAAGGUUUCAUGGAAGAAGCUAUAGUUAGGAGAGAAUUGUCCGAUAAUUUUUGUUUUUAUAACGAACAUUACGACUCUCUUAAAGGUGCUAAGCAGUGGGCAAUGGAUACUCUAGAUAAUCAUCGCAAGGACAAACGUGAGUAUAUAUACACGUUGAAGGAAUUUGAAAAUUCCUUGACUCACGACGACUUGUGGAAUUCAGCUCAGAAUCAGUUAAUACAGGAUGGAAAAAUACAUGGAUUUUUGAGAAUGUACUGGGCAAAGAAGAUCCUGGAAUGGACUCGUACCCCUGAAGAGGCACUUGAAUGGUCCAUUUACUUGAACGACAAAUACAGUAUGGAUGGGCGAGAUCCAAGUGGAUAUGUUGGAUGUAUGUGGUCCAUAUGUGGCAUCCACGACCAAGGCUGGGCAGAGAGAAGUAUUUUUGGAAAAAUACGUUUCAUGAAUUACAAAGGAUGUCAGCGCAAGUUCGAUGUCAAGGCGUUCGUUGCUAGGUGGGGUGGUAAAGUACACACGAAGAAAAAAUAA